UUGUGGCGGGCUUGACAACAGGGAUGCAGGUGGAGCGACUCGGCCAGGACCGUUCACAUCUGUCUUGAAGGAGAGAGGGGGGAAAGGAAACCUACGUUGUGGUCUGCUCAACGCUCUGGAUGAAAAAAAAGAAACACAGAAGCGUGAACUGCAUCCAGUCUAUGUCCAGGGAUAUUUACAAACCUCCCCAAGUCUGGAGAAUAUAAUCGGAGGGAUUGACGCAAAACACAAAUACCCACCUGCCCCCCUAACGAUGGGACCCACACCUGCAUAAAGCUUUGUAGUCCUUAGGUAUCAUGAGAAGAAGGGGUUUACGCUGAAACCAUGAACGCAUAGCAUGCUUUAGCAGACUCUAGUAGACUCUGAUACCCGUCUACUCUACGACUCCCUCACUCUUUUGCUCCUUUUCCUCUGCUUCCACUCCCCUUAAAGAAAGAUCACAAUCGGAUAACUCCCCUCUCCCUCCCUCCCCCCCCAUCUUUUGUCACCAGCUCAAAUUUCCUGGAUAUUACACUGAGAUCUGGAUUCAAGAGAAAGUUUCUAUUUUUGGUCCAGGAUAGACCAAGAGGCUUUUGAAGAAAGGACUGUGUUGAAAAUAUCAUAUUCUCCCCCCUCCCCUCUUUUACUCCCCCACUAUUCCUCAUUCCUUUUCUCCAAUUCCCAGAGGCACCAACUGAUGGAGAGACAAAGGAGAGAGUCAGGAUAAGGACAAAAAGUUGAAAAUCGGAGAGAAGAGGGAAAAACUGUCAGGAAAAUUGGAGUAGGACUCCUGUGGGGAUUACUUUACCCAGUUGAUCUUGAUAUAUCAGUUCAGUGAUGCUCAUUAUUUACAUUUAAAAUCUGUUAGACACAGCAAAGUCAGGCCUUACCUCUGGGGUACAUUAGAUCAAAAAGGCAUCGACUAGAGAAGGAGAAACUUGGGAACUUUGAGUAUGACAAGGGGGUUAAGAUUCUUCUGUUGGCCCCUGUGGCCUGUGGCCCUUUUCAGCCUGCUCACCACAGUGAAGAUGCUGGAAUUUGGUGGGGCGCCUGGCCAGUGGGCACGCUACGGACGCUGGGAAGCUGGAUCCGUGGGCGAGCUGAGCUUCAGUCUUAAGACCAACAUCAGCAAAGCCUUGGUACUCUAUCUGGAUGAUGGCGGCAACUGUGACUUCUUGGAGCUUCUCAUCGCUGGUGGGCGCCUCCAGCUGCGCUUUGCCAUCCACUGUGCCGAGCCAGCCACAGUGCACAUGGAGACGCGGGUGAAUGAUGACCGCUGGCACAUGGUCUUGCUCACCCGCAAUUUCCGUGAGACCCUCCUGAUGGUCGAUGGUGAGACAAAGGUGGCUGAAGUCAAGUCCAAGAGGAAGGAGAUGGCAGUGGUCAGUGACCUGUUUGUGGGCGGGAUCCCACCUGAUGUGCGCCUCUCUGCGCUGACUUCUAGCACCGUGAAGUACGAGCCGCCCUUCCAGGGUUUGAUCUCCAAUCUGAAGGUGGGGGAGAUGCCUCCUAAUUUGUUAAAUAGCCAGGGCAUUCAGAGUGACCUGGAGUACCUCUGCACCAAACAGAACCCAUGCUUCAAUGGAGGGUUUUGCUCUAUUCAGUAUGGAGAAGUUCACUGUGACUGCACCCUCACCCGCUUCAAGGGGAAGUACUGCAAAGAAGCUGAAGAGUAUGCUGCCGAAGGUCUGGCGCACCUGACGUUAAACGACCAAGGUGACUCAUCUCAAGUCGGUAAGGAAGAAUCGGUAGCUACCUUCAAGGGCAACGAGUUCUUCUGCUACGACCUGUCGCUGACACCCAUCCAGAGCAGCACUGACGAGAUAACACUUUCCUUCCGCACGCUGCAACGUAACGGCCUCAUGCUGCACACCGGCAAGUCUGCAGACUACGUGAACCUUUCCUUGAAGAGCGGCGCCGUUUGGCUGGUCAUCAACCUGGGCUCGGGGGCAUUUGAGGCCCUGGUGGAGCCCGUCAACGGCAAGUUCAACGACAACGCCUGGCAUGACGUGCGCGUCACCCGCAACCUGCGCCAGCACGCAGGCAUUGGACACGCUAUGGUGACCAUUUCAGUGGAUGGUAUAUUGACCACCACUGGUUACACCCAGGAAGAUUACACCAUGUUGGGUUCAGAUGACUUCUUCUACAUUGGAGGGAGCCCAAACACCGCCGACCUGCCUGGAUCACCUGUCAGCAAUAACUUCAUGGGCUGCCUUAAAGAUGUGGUGUAUAAGAACAACGACUUUAAGCUGGAGCUGUCACGGCUGGCCAUCGAGCGCGACCCUAAAAUCACCCUGAAUGGUGACUUGGUGUUUCGCUGCGAGGACGUGGCGGCCCUGGACCCCGUCACCUUUGAGACCCCAGAGUCCUACAUCUCCCUGCCCAAGUGGAACACCAAGAAGACGGGAUCUAUCUCCUUCGACUUCCGCACUACGGAGCCCAGCGGACUCCUGCUGUUCAGCCAUGGCCGUCCUCAGGGUCCCAAAGAACAGAAGCCUGGUAGGGAGCUGAAGACUGAUUACUUUGCCAUGGAGCUGCUGGAGGGGUAUUUGUACCUGCUGAUCGAUAUGGGCUCUGGGAAAACAAAGCUGAAGGCCAGCAACAAGAAGGUCAAUGAUGGGGAAUGGUGCCAUGUGGAUUUCCAGAGGGAAGGGAGGAAAGGAUCUAUCUCAGUUAACAGCCGCAGCAUGCCCUUCAGCUCCCCAGAGGGCAGUGAAAUCCUGGAUCUAGACAGUGAUAUGUACCUAGGCGGGCUGCCCGAGUCUAAGUCGGACCUCAUCCUGCCGCCAGAGGUGUGGACGGCUCUGCUUAACUAUGGCUAUGUGGGCUGUGUCCGUGACCUCUUCAUUGAUGGCAAGAGCCGCGAUGUCCGCCGCCUGGCUGAGAUCCAGAGUGCGUUCGGUGUCAGCAGCUUCUGCACCCGUGAGCUGCAGAAGAGGUGCAGCAGCGCCCCCUGUGGCAACGCAGGUCUGUGCAAAGAGGGCUGGAACCGCUACAUAUGUGAUUGCAUCGGCACCGGAUACCUGGGUACCAACUGUGAGAUAGAGGCGACGGUGCUGAGUUACGACGGCAGCAUGUACCUGAAGAUCAUCAUGCCGGUCACCAUGCACACGGAGGCCGAGGACGUGGCGCUGCGCUUCAUGUCCCAGCGGGCAUAUGGCCUGCUCAUGGCCACCACCUCCAAGGAGUCGGCAGACACCCUGCGACUGGAGCUGGACGGAGGCCGCGUCAAGCUCACCGUGAACCUCGAUUGUAUCAGGAUAGACUGUAGCCUCAGCAAAGGACCUGAGACGCUGUUUGCGGGCCAGAAGCUGAACGACAAUGAGUGGCACAUGGUGAAGGUGGUGCGACGAGGAAAGAGCCUGCAGCUGUCUGUGGAUAAUGUCACAGUGGAAGGUCAGAUGACUGGUGCCCACACACGUCUCGAGUUCCACAACAUCGAGACGGGCAUCAUGACCGAGAGACGCUUCAUAUCCGUGGUGCCCUCACACUUCAUUGGCCACCUCCAGGGCCUGACCUUCAACGGGGUGCCCUACCUAGACCAGUGCAAAAAUGGGGACAUCUCCUACUGCGAACUGAACGCCCGCUUUGGCAUGCGUCACAUCAUUGCAGAUCCGGUGACAUUUCGAACGAAAGGAAGCUACUUAGCGCUAGCCACUUUGCAAGCCUACGCCUCCAUGCACCUCUUCUUUCAGUUUAAAACCACCACGCCGGACGGCCUGAUGCUCUUCAACUCUGGAGACGGGAGUGACUUUAUUGUCGUGGAGCUGGUGAAGGGAUACGUCCACUACGUCUUCGAUCUUGGUAACGGGCCGUCGCUGAUGAAGGGCAACUCGGACAAGCCCCUCAAUGACAACCAGUGGCACAACGUGGUGGUGUCCCGGGACGCCAACAAUGUACACACACUCAAGAUCGACUCACGCACCGUUACGCAGCACUCCAAUGGAGCCCGCAACCUGGACCUCAAAGGGGAGCUGUACAUCGGUGGCGUGACAAAGAGCAUGUACAGCAAUCUGCCCAAGCUGAUUGCAUCCCGGGACGGGUACCAGGGCUGCCUGGCCUCCGUGGACCUGAACGGGAGACUCCCCGACCUGAUCGCAGAUGCCCUCCACAGGGUGGGCCAGGUGGAACGAGGCUGCGAUGGACCCAGUACCACCUGUACGGAGGAGUCUUGCUACCAUCAGGGGGUGUGUCUCCAGCAGUGGGAGGGCUUCACCUGCGACUGCACCAUGACGUCCUAUGGAGGUUCAUUUUGCAACGAUCCUGGGACAACGUACAUCUUCGGGAGAGGCGGAGCCCUCAUCACAUACACCUGGCCACCCAAUGACCGGCCGAGCACACGGGCAGACCGGCUGGCAGUGGGCUUUAGCACGCAGCUGAAGGAGGCUGUUCUGGUCAGGGUGGAGAGUGCCAAGGGACUGGGAGAUUACCUGGAGCUGCACAUAGAACGGGGAAAGAUCAGCGUGAUCUUCAACGUGGGAACAGACGACAUAAUCAUCGAGGAGAGCGCAGUGAUGGUGAGCGACGGCAAGUACCACGUGGUGCGAUUCACGCGGAGCGGUGGCAACGCCACGUUACAGGUGGACAACCAGCCGGUCAUCGAACGUUUUCCCUCAGGGAACUUUGAUAAUGAGCGCCUGGCUAUUGCUAGACAAAGAAUCCCAUACCGACUUGGUCGGGUAGUUGACGAGUGGCUACUCGACAAAGGUCGCCAGUUGACCAUCUUCAACAGCCAGGCGUUCAUCAAAAUUGGUGGCAGUGGAGAUAAGGGGCGCCACUUCCAGGGCCAGAUCUCGGGCCUGUACUACAACGGCCUGCAAGUGCUCAAAUUGGCGGCCGAGGGCGACCCCAACGUCCAGACCCAGGGUAACCUGCGGCUGGUGGGCGACGUGCCCUCGGUGCUCACUACUGACACCACCUCCACCACCCCGCUGGCCGACAUGUCCACCACAAUCAUGGAGACAACCACCACCAUGGCCACGACCACCACCCGCAAACAGCGCUCGCCCACCAUAAGGGACAGUGUCACGCAGAAUGUAGAUGACCUCUUGGUAGCAUCAGCUGAGUGUCCUAGCGAUGACGAAGAUUUGGAGGAGUGCGAGCCUGGAAAUGGAGGUGAAUUAGUGUUGCCCAUAAUAACCGUGGACUCCCUAGACCCCCCGUCCAUCGCCACGCGCUACCCAGUAAUCCCCUCGCCCCCCACCGCCUACCGCCCUUUCCUCACCUUGCUCGAAACCACCAAAGAGUCCCUCCCCUUGCCCGACGGCCGCCCCCCCUGCCCCCCGGACCAGGAGGACUGCGAGGAGACAGUCGAGGUGUCUGCGUACGGCUCGGGGGAGAUGACAGAGUCGGACGAUGAAGACUAUUACAAAAACUCCCCCCUGGUCACCGACAGGACUGUCCUCCCCCCUCCCCCGGCCGUCGAGGGCAGCGUCCACAACCCCCGAGACCACCAUUUCUCCCGCUCCCCCGAUUCCCACCGCCCUCCCCUCUCCUCCACCCCCACGGCCGACCCCGACCGGCUCGGUCCGCGUGUUGAGCCGGCAGACGACGACGGCGGCAAGAUCCCUGCCGGGAAAAUGAACACCCGGGACCGGGUGCUGCUGCCGCCGGCCCACCCUUCGUCGGACCCUGGCCGUCGCAGAAUCCCGGGAAUAACCUAUCCCCCCAAUUUCCCCCAUGUUCCCACUCCAGACCCCACAUCUCCCGAGAGAGGGCUCCCCGGCGCCGUAGAGGUGCAGCAGUCCAGCAGCACCACGGGCAUGGUGGUGGGCAUCGUGGCGGCUGCCGCCCUCUGCAUCCUCAUCCUGCUCUACGCCAUGUACAAGUACCGCAACCGCGACGAGGGCUCCUACCAGGUGGACCAGAGCCGCAACUACAUCAGCAACUCGGCCACGCAGAGCAACGGCGCCCUGGUGAAGGAGAAACAGCCUGGCGCCGCCAAGACGGUCACCAAGAACAAGAAGAACAAGGACAAAGAGUACUACGUCUGAGGGAGCGCCGCCGCGACACGCGGAGGCAGACGGCAGAUGCGCUUGGAGAAGGAAAGAGACGAGAGAGAGAGAGGGAGAGAGAAAAGGCAGCAUACGGCAUACGUAAACAGAGGGUCUUUUGUUUAAAACUUAGUAUUGUCAGGUGGCCGUACGCGUUAGCUAUUCCGGUCUGAUCCGAGGGAGGGAAGCGGAGAAAUAAAAAGGCGAGCAGACGUCUUGCUUACUCGCUUUGAUUCAAUUGACUGCUGAUUAAAGCCGGGUUAGCGCACGACAGCACCACCAUCUGUAUUUGUGUCGUGGUCUGCACUUUGUUCUGAGGCGAGCUUAAGCCUUCGCCUUAGACUGUAUCGACAUAUUAUUUUUUCCACCUGUUUGAAUUAGCAAUUAGACUUCCCUCUGUAAAAAUCAAUAUACUGCCAGAAACAUCGUGUCAAACCCACCUCUGCAAGUGUUCUGCGUCUGAUCUCUUUCUCUCUCUUGUGAGCUCUGUUUCUCUCCUUGUCCGGUGCUGACGCGACGUGAACUCUGCCGUGUUUCAAGCAUGUAGUAUUCAUUUACGAUAAAGAGAUAAAAACUGUUGUUCUUUCUGUGGAGUAAAAAAAAAAAAAAAAAAAAUAUGACAACGUUAAACGUAGCAACUGUGUGAGAUGCCACCGCUCCGACCUAAACGGAUGCUAACCUGUACGUUUAGCGGCCAAAACCCCCUUUGGUCGUCCUUUGUUCCAGCGGAUCUGUGUCGUGGUUCUGGAGUUUCGAGGCGCCCCCUACCCCCCAAGCGGGCCGGAAAGAGAAACUGUGUCAUGUCCUUACAGUUACUAAUAAUCGAAAAACAGAAGAAGAAAAACUCCAGCGAACGACACAAACUCCGUUCUAUAUAUACUAUAAAUACAUGUAUAGAAGUUGUGGAAAUCUACGGACCUGAAGCGAGAGGGCACCGACCACGCACAGCCAAGACAGACUUUAGGAUUUGUGACAGCGGAAUAGUCACGCCAUCCGAACCCCUGCCCCCGGUACGAGACUUUUGGUUUGCUUUUUCCUUUGAUUCUUUUAUCUGGAGGAAUGAGAGACAUUUUAGGGAUAUUCUGAAUUCAUUCUCGCUGGAGUUCCACUGUGGGGAGAGAGACAUACCUUGUGGCUGUGUCUCCCCCCCUCCCCCCCCCUUCUUGCCUGACUGGACAGACGGCAGCCAAUGGGCGCCGCAAACUCUGUGGGAAGAGCACACGCGUAAGAGUUGAACGGCAGUUUCCUGGAAGAUGUACAACCGAACUCUAGUAUUCCAAUUUUCUCAACUCUAAUAAAAAAAAACUAAAAAAAACUGUACCAUCAAAAGAAAACAAAAAUCUUGAAAAAAGUUUGUGAAAUGUCUAAAUAUUUGACUCUCAUCCCAUUAUUAAGAGAAAUGUGUUUUCCCUACUGUCAUUCCUGUUUGGAGAAAAAAAAAAUGACAAUGAUUCUAGGAAACGGAAGGUUUCUAUGUAUUUCCUUUUGGUAAUUGAGCAAAUGUGAUUUGGGUUAUGAACUUGAAACCGUACAUUCUCCUUUUAUUCCAUCGUCCGUCUGUCAUCCUCAAUCCGUUUGUUUUGGUUUUGUCUUGCAUCUAUUCCUUUUUCUCUGUAUGCCUCCCAUAUCCUGUGAAGGACACAGGCUCUAUCCAUCUUCCAUUCCACCCCCCCCCCAAUUUGUUUUAUAUCUAUUUCUGUCUACGCGGCUAGAGACAGGCUCCGUCGAUUAAGUCUCUUGCCGAGUUUGUCUGGUUUCUCUGUUUUGAGCAUACCCCCCCCCCCUCCCCCUUCCUGUUCUUUCUAAAUGUUAUUGUAAAGUGUUCCAGUGCGAUGACUCUAAAUAUGUGUACAUUAACAGAGGGAAUACACUUGGUUAUAUACUUCUUA